AUGGGUCAAUGCUGGAGAGCCUGGAGAGAGGACAAUGACGAUCCAGUCCCCAUCGGGAAGUUCCAGUUACUUGCCGGGAAGUUCAGGGAAACCAUUGUUAGUAUGGCAUUGGUUGGUGCAAUAAUAGGAGCUGCAGCGGGUGGUUGGAUCAAUGAUGCAUAUGGACGCAAGAAAGCAACCCUUCUUGCUGAUGUUGUCUUUGCAGUUGGAUCAGUUGUUAUGGCAGCCGCCCCAAAUCCCUAUGUUAUUAUACUGGGACGGUUUCUUGUUGGCCUGGGUGUGGGUAUAGCAUCCGUUACUGCUCCUGUAUAUAUUGCAGAAGCAUCUCCGUCAGAAGUAAGAGGAGGGUUGGUGAGCACAAAUGUUCUUAUGAUUACCGGUGGACAGUUUCUUUCCUAUCUCGUAAAUCUUGCUUUUACUGAGGUCCCUGGAACAUGGAGGUGGAUGGUUGGAGUUGCUGGUAUACCCGCUGUGAUUCAGUUCUGCAUUAUGUUAUGCUUGCCAGAGUCUCCUCGGUGGCUUUUUAUGAAGGACGACAAAGCUAAAGCCAUCGUAAUACUUUCUAAAAUAUAUGAAAUUGAGCGGUUGGAGGAUGAAAUUGAUAACCUUUCUGCUGCUGCAGACGAAGAGCGCCAAAAAAGGAAAGAUGUCAAAAUCUCAGAUGUGUUCAAAUCAAAAGAAAUCAGACUUGCAUUUUUUGCUGGAGCUGGGCUUCAGGCUUUUCAGCAGUUCACUGGUAUCAAUACAGUCAUGUACUAUAGCCCAACCAUCGUGCAGAUGGCUGGCUUUAGUUCCAACCAAUUAGCACUUCUUCUGUCCCUCAUUGUUGCUGCCAUGAAUGCUGCUGGAACAGUUCUUGGCAUUUACCUUAUUGAUCAUUUUGGGAGGAAAAAGUUGGCCCUCUCAAGCUUAGCUGGUGUAAUUGCAUCACUGGUCCUUCUUGCUGGGGCAUUUUUUGGCAAGUCAUCUGGUUCUUCAAAUGUACUUUUCGGGUGGAUUGCAGUUUUGGGUUUAGCCUUGUAUAUUGCUUUCUUCUCACCAGGAAUGGGACCUGUUCCAUGGACUGUGAACUCUGAGAUAUAUCCCCAACAAUACCGAGGAAUAUGUGGGGGCAUGUCAGCUACUGUGAAUUGGAUUUCCAAUUUGAUAGUCGCCCAAUCUUUCCUUUCAAUUGCUGAUGCAAUCGGAACAAGUUGGACUUUCUUGAUUCUUGCUGGCAUAGCAGUCCUUGCAGUUGUGUUUGUGAUUGUGUUUGUCCCAGAGACCAUGGGGUUGACAUUCUUUGAAGUAGAGCAGAUAUGGAGGGAGAGGGCAUGGGGCAGUAGUUACAACACAGAGAGCCUUCUCGAGCGAGGAGAUGACAAAUGA